GGAGUGCCUGAAGGAGAACCAAACUGCCGAAUAUAAAAGCGUGGCCCGCAUAAUGUAGGAUUGAUAGGGCACGUAAGGCUAAACAACAAUGAACUGAUAGAUUUUUUGGAUACUGUAUGUUUUAACCAUCGGGAAUUCUUCGAGGAAACACCCGACGCGAUAUAAAUACGAACCACAGCAAUCCUCACAAACUGUGUCUUCCCACAUCUGAGAGUUCCCUCUCUUUUUCCCGUUUUCUUUUCGGGGCUUAUAAUCUCGAGCAUGGAAGAACCGAAGGAAAAGAGAGAGAUUGUCCGAGAAGAAUCACUGCCCGAGGAGGACCUGGUCGGACCAGUGAGAAUGCAACCUUGGACAAAGCAGCUCACGCUCCGAGGAGUUGUAGUGAGCAUCCUGAUCGGGACUAUUUACAGCAUAAUCGCGAUGAAGCUCAACCUCACAACAGGGCUCGUCCCAAACCUCAACGUCUCGGCAGCUCUUCUGGCAUUUAUAUUCAUUAGGACGUGGACAAAGAUGCUCCAGAAGAGUGGUUUUGUAACAAAACCGUUCACCCGACAGGAGAAUACGAUGAUUCAGACGUGCGCCGUGGCAUGUUACAGCAUAGCCGUUGGAGGUGGGUUUGCAUCGUACCUAUUGGGAUUGAACAGGUACACGUACGAGCUAUCCGGAGUUGGCACAGAAGGCAACUCGCCUGAGGCAAUUAAGGAACCAGGAUUUGGUUGGAUGACUGGCUUCCUCUUUGUUGUCUGCUUUGUGGGUCUCUUCGUAUUAAUUCCCCUCAGAAAGAUAAUGAUAGUCGACCUCAAGCUGACUUACCCAAGCGGACUGGCCACUGCAGUGCUCAUCAAUGGCUUCCAUUCGCAGGGAGACAAGAUGGCACGAAAGCAGGUCCGAGGAUUCAUGAAGCUCUUUUCGUUCAGCUUCUUGUGGGGAUUCUUCCAGUGGUUCUAUACCGGGAAAGGAGACCACUGCGGGUUCGCCCAGUUCCCUACUUUCGGGUUGCAAGCUUGGAAGCAAACAUUCUACUUCGACUUCAGCAUGACAUAUGUGGGAGCCGGAAUGAUCUGUUCCCACCUGGUGAACUUAUCACUGCUCCUCGGUUCUGUGGUCUCCUAUGGAAUAAUGUGGCCCCUUAUCAACCGCCUGAGGGGAGAUUGGUUCCCUGACAGCUUGGAAGAAAGUAACAUGAGGAGCUUGUAUGGCUACAAGGCAUUCAUAUCGGUGGCUCUCAUCCUUGGGGAUGGGCUCUACAAUUUCACGAAGAUACUAAUAGUCACUCUGAUGAACGUCCACAGCAGAGUCAAGAACCGGAACCUCGGCAAGACAGGCGAGGAAGAUGGGAGCAAGCAUGUCAAUGAUCAGAGACAGAAUGACGUGUUCUUGAGAGAGAACAUCCCGAUAUGGAUAGGGAUCCUCGGGUACAUCAUAUGCUCCGUGAUCUCCAUCAUCGUGAUCCCGACCAUGUUCCCCCAGCUCAAAUGGUACUUUGUUCUUGUUGCCUACGUCCUUGCUCCAUCGCUUGCCUUCUGUAAUGCCUACGGAGCUGGCCUCACCGACAUGAACAUGGCCUACAAUUAUGGGAAGGUCGCCCUGUUCAUCCUGGCAGCCCUAUCCGGGAAGCAGAACGGGCUCGUGGCAGGACUGGCAGGCUGUGGGCUCAUAAAGUCGGUGGUCUCCGUGGCCUGCAUCCUUAUGCAGGACUUCAAGACGGCCCACUGCACACUCACAUCCCCGCGAGCCAUGUUCCUCAGCCAGGUCAUUGGGACCGCCAUUGGGUGCCUCACAGCGCCCCUCAGCUUCUUCCUCUUCUACAAGGCAUUCGAUGUGGGAAAUCCCAACGGGGAGUUCAAGGCACCCUAUGCUCUGAUCUACCGAAACAUGGCCAUUCUAGGAGUCGAGGGCUUCUCUGCCCUGCCAAACCACUGCCUCCAGCUUUGCUACGGGUUCUUCGGGUUUGCAGUUCUGGUGAACCUCAUCAGGGAUCUCUCACCCGAAAAGAUCGGCAAGUGGAUGCCCCUUCCCAUGGCCAUGGCCCCACCUUUCCUUGUGGGGGCUUACUUCACCGUUGACAUGUGCUUGGGGAGCUUGAUUGUCUUCGUCUGGAACAAGAUUAACCCUAAAAAGGCUGAGCUGAUGGUCCCUGCGGUUGCGUCCGGGUUGAUCUGCGGAGAGGGUCUGUGGAUCCUCCCUGCUUCUGUUCUUGCUUUGGCCAAAAUUCGGCCUCCGAUUUGUAUGAAAUUUUUACGUUCCUAGUUCUUCAUACGCUUCCAUUAGAAAGGAAAAGAGAACAAAUACUAUACUCGAUCUGUAAGAAAAACAAGCAUCGAUGAAACAGUAGAAUCUGCAGUUAUCAAAGAGCAAGCUGUGUUGUGAGAUCAAAA